GGAUUCCUUAUCUCUGAAUUCUUGAUCGGCCAGAAAGGACGUACCUUAUCCCGAGUUUUCAUCGCAUUCAUCCCGUCACGGGGACAAAAAGAGUGUUGCCUAGCUAGACUAAGUCUCCGAUUGCGCUUGGAUGCCUUUAGACUUACCGGAUCCUGAAGAAAUGUCCCGAUUCCUGUCCAUGGCUCAUUCAGGCUAUGCCCAAUGCCGACAUGCGACUUGCACUGCUUGUUGGUCCCGGGCCCGGAUUCCUGGUGACCAAUAGAGGGCCUCUCACACACCACCUCUUCUCUUCACACACCCUUAGCACUUGUUUUACGACUCCGGCACCCCCCAGGCGUCCUUCAGGCAUCUCCAAGGCAUCCUCCACACCCUUUGAGCGAAUAUCGAGUCAUCCAAUAUGGUCCGCAUGGUCCGCCAUCAUGAAGGGUAUGUAGUCUCGUCUUGAGUCUUAAACUGGAAAAGUCCCAAAUAAAACUUGCAUCAAUCAAUUCCCUUCGCUUCUGCACUUUCGUUUACAUGCGCUGAAUUGCUGCCCCUGGUGCUUUAGCUUGAAGACCCGCCUGUCCGCAUUUGCCAAGAUCGUCCCAGGGCACCAUGUCAGGGCCUCUUUAUAAGUCGCUGAAAGGCAGCCUUACCACGUCAAGCCUUGGCGAAAUCCAGUUUCUACCGCGGAGCGUUGUGGAAGCAAAGGUUACCAUUGAGAAAAUCACCCCACAUCUCAGUUUUGGAUCACGACUUUACACUCUGGUCUCCGAAGAUAGCCUGGCCCGUCAGAUUCAUCAACAGGCAAGGAGGGUGUUUGCUAUUCUUGUCCUUAUCGGCAAGCCAUCAGCAAUCCAGACCUUAUUCACGAAGGACGGCCUUACCGAUGAUCAUCUCCCUCUUGAGGUUGUCAAAAAUGGAGAGCAUGAUACCAUCGUCUCUUCAACCACUCAGAAAUCGUUUCCGGCGUUCGACAACUGGGGAGAUCCGGCUGCCGUCGACAGCUUUCUCGAGAAGCAAUACCUUGUUCUGGCACCAGUGUUUCACACAGCUGGCCAGGCCCUGAAGUUGAACCGCAGUCAUCCCCUACCCUUCGAGGAAUGCACAUGGAAGGCGAGCGGGAGUGACGGCGUAUCGGUCUAUCAUGGCAGACUUCAUCCUUCCCACCAGGUGCCUCCUUUCACAGCCACCUCGUACGACAGGAUCGCUAUCAAAGAAAUCCCAGACAAGAAAGCCUUCGACCGAGAAAAGGAGAACCUCGACAGAAUCCAAUCCUUACACCACAAUCAUCUGAUACGUCUUCUCGGAAGCUGCGAGAAAGGUUCCGUAAAUUACUUCUUCUUCCCUUGGGCAGCUGGUGGUAAUCUGAGGGACCUUUGGCACCUCCAAGGGGAUGGCUCACGCACGAGCUUGUGGACACCGCAGACCAUUGCAUGGGCUCUCGAUCAAAUGCUUGGUCUCGUGGAUGCCAUCAGAAUCCUCCACGACAAUGGAAUCCGCCAUGGGGACAUCAAACCCCAGAAUAUCCUUCACUUUCCUGAAGCCACCCAAGGAUCCGGUAAAAUUGGAGGUAGACUUGUCCUUGCGGAUGUCGGAGUGUCCAAGUUUCACCACGAGGCGACGGCACUCAGAAACGAGGCCACAAACACUCGAGAUGCGACCAUAUCUUACGAAGCUCCUGAGGCUACCUCCGAGUUCAAAAACGGAAAACCAAGGCCUCGUCGCUAUGACAUGUGGUCAUUGGGCUGCAUGUUUCUGGAGUUUGUGGUCUGGCUUCAAUACGAAUUCGAGGCCGUCGAGAUGUUUCGCAAACAGCGGAUGCCGCGACGAGGAGACCCCAGGACAGCUCCUGGAAACUUCUUCACACAGUCCACCACCGACGAUGGCCCGGCGACUAUUCAUUCCAAAGUGAUUGAUGCAAUCAGGCUUCUGCGAGAUGACCCUCGCUGCUGCAGUGACGGGGACAGCACUACCGCUGUGGAGGAUCUCAUCACCUUGAUUGAGCGAGAUCUUUUGCAGAUAGAUCCUGAAAAGCGCGCCAAAGCACCUGCACUACACAAGAACCUCAACCGGAUUGUGCAACGGGCGCACCGGGACCCUCAGUACCUCUGCCGACUUGUCAACCCUUCCCCCGAGAUUCCCAGGUUCUUCCAAAGGAGUAAGCGGAGAGAUAGCAAAGGAAGUACUAGAAAGCUCUCUUUGUCAUCCUCCUCGUCUGUCAGCAGUUAUGCGGGCUCUUCAUUUACGCCAACCGACACAGGGAGAAGUCGACGGUCAUCGGUUUCAUCGGUCUCCAAUGUUGGACGAAUGUCAAAAAUGUCUUUAGGUGACGAGGCCGCGGUGAUUGAGGAGGAAUCAUGA